CAUGUUAGUAAAACUUAGGAGUAUGACUCAAACCUUAAAAACCUUUGACAAAAACAAAAAACCUUAAAAACCAUUCAACUGUUCUGUGUGUUCAUCAGUUCAUGUACUCAUCCUUCUCCGCUCCUAACGGCAAUCCCGCGCGCAGCAAUUGCUCUAACUCAUCAAUGGAAACCCUAGUCUCAGAAUCACCGUCUCCUUCAACAACCACCGCUUCUAAGCCUCAACCCUUUUCUCCGCUGCCGUCAUCAGUGCUCCGGCUAUGGCGCCAAGCCGCACAACGGAAUCUGAGAAACCGCUGGACACAAUUGGCUUCCUACAAGGAUCAGUGGUCCUCUAUUUCUUCCGCCGCAAGAUCUCACGCAACUGCUCUCGUCAACUCUCACCUUUCCAUUAGGUACAUGCCUAGUGUGAAGUUAGGUGUUUUGAGUGAUAUGCCUAAUAUAAGAGAGAGAGCUUGUUUCAAAUUGCAUAAGCAGCAGGAACUCCAGAGGAGAAAAUUGUUGCAGUCUUAUAAGGAAAUGGUGGGCGUUGUUAGUAACAUGGUCAAUGUUAGCAGAUUGAUGAAGUGUUUCUUCAAAGGAUCAAACUGUAGUUCGUUAUUACAAUUUUCUUGUUACUCGGAAGACCAGAGUGACUCUGGAGACGGUGGAGAUGGUGGUGGAAUUCCAGUGUUUGCAUUUUUGCCAAUCUCUUCGCAUGAUAAAUUAGCAGAGGAGCUGGUUCAGAUGUUUAUCUUGGAAUUAUGUUUGAAGCGGCUACUUGUUCUUGAACUUAUGUCUGUUGGUAAUGAUCCUUCACAAGUAAACCAGUUGUCUUGGUCAGCUCAGCUUUAUAAUGAUGAAUUCAAAGAUUUGAGAGACUGCAAUCUCUUUAGUGAGGAUGGGCCAGUUCCACCAAGAUUGAAGGAUGGGAAAUCUGACAUGGUUGCUUUAAAAUUUGACAACCAACCUAGCCCUGAGGUUUUACAGGUUUACUUAACAACAUGGCUUGCAGAGCUGAACAUAGACACUUUCAGGGUGAAUGAGAUAUUUGCGGUUGUUGGGGAAGAAAUGCAUGUUAGCAUAGGUUGAAGCCUUUGUCAUUCGAGGGAGGUUUUAAUACUGAAUGAUGGCGUGCUUGGAAUCAGAAUAAGUGAUGGACCUUCGAGUACUCUUCAAACAUUUGUCAAACUUGUUUUAUGAAGAAUGUGGUCAGAGAUGUUCGUUGCUUGCUGUUGUAGUUAGAAAUGAUUACCGAGUCUCAACUGCAAAAUUGGGAACAAAACGAUCAAAGACCACCAAUUAAUUAUCCAAGGUGCCCAAAGCAUGCUCCUCGGAACCUGGAGAGGAGGAAAUCUCAAGCUCCUUUGAUAUAUUAUGUUCUCCCUACACAAUUUUGAAUUGACUGAAAUGAAAUUCAUGUAAAAUAAAAGAAAUUUUGAUCA